CUAUCAGAGACGCAGAUUGUGCAUAACCAUAGUAACGUCAUCAAACGUGGUGCGAGUUCAUUUUCAUGGCGCUGUCCGUACACACGUGAAUGUGAGAAGGCACUGGCAGAUCUUCGUUUGAUUUAUCUGUUGCAAUGGAUAAGAGUAAAGCCGACGAACCGCUGAAGAAAAAGAAAGUUAAAAGUGCACAGAAAGAGAAGACGAAUAAGAGAAAGGCUGAGGAUGAGGAUCUGGUGACGUUGCAGGAAGACGAAACAAACAGAAACGUCACUGAAGAAAAAACGGAGAAAAAGCAGAAGAAGAGAAAGAAAAGCAAAACCGAGGAUCUGGUGACGUUGCAGGAAGACGAAACAAACACAAACAUCCCUGAAGAGAAAACAGAGAAACAGCAGAAGAAGAGAAAGAAAAGCAAAACCAAGAGUUCUGAAAUUAUGAAGCAACAAGAACCAUCUGUAAAAGAGGAGGAGCAGGAGGAAAACGGGCCGGGUGAAGAGGAAGAAUUGAGUCCUGAGGAGAGACGAGUGCUGGAGAGGAAGCUGAAGAAAAUUCGCAAAAAGGAGGAGAAGAAGAAACUGAAGGAGGAAAGCAAAAGCGUAACACCGGAAAACAACGUGGCAGAGAAACAGGCGCUGGAAUACCUCACAUGCUGGUCAGAGAGACGAGAGGAGUGGAAGUUUCAGAAAACCAGGCAAACUUGGUUAUUGCAGAACAUGUACGACAGUGUUAAGGUGCCUGAUAGUCAUUUUGAUGUGCUGUUAUCGUAUCUUGACGGUCUUCGUGGAUCUGCGAGAGAUACCACACUGCAGAAAGCUGAAGUUAUUUUGCGCUGGGACGGACAAGGAGAAAAAGAGGAAACACAAGAUGCUGAAAAGAAGCAACAGAGAGCCAAACAAAUCGUCCAGCUGCUAUGAAACACUCAACAAUACAUCACAAUAUGGUGUUUUCUGGCUUCUCUUAAGAGACCGUUCACCCAAAAAUAUUAAUUCUGUCACCAUAUACUUCCUCUUUACUUGUUUCAAACUUUGCUUUCUUCUGUUAAACACAAAAGAAGAUAUUUUGAGAAAGCUAACUAUUGACUUCAAUAUCAGGAAAACAAAUAGCUACUAUGGAAGUCAAUACUGGUUUUUAGAUUUCUCCAAAAUGUUUUUGUAGUUUUCAACAUUACAUGAAUGUAAAUAAAUGAUUUUAUCUAUGUAUAGUAA